AGCCCUACGUGAUUUUCCCCCCCUCUUUGAAAAAGCCCCUUUGCACUUAAACUCUCUAUACAUGUGGGGUGGCUUUUUAAACUCCCUCUAUACAAACAUAUUUAUUAAGAGCGAUGGGAAGUGGGGGGUAGCCUAUUUUUUUAAUCCAGGCACCAACCUCCAUCCCCCCCCCGCGUCAGAUGUCUGGCUGCUUUUCUUAAGUGCAAUCAUCUAUAAUUGAGAAAAAAAAAAAAAAAAGCCAUAAGUGGAAAUGUGUGUGUGAGAAGGUGCAUCUUGAAGCAGGGUUUAGUUACAAUCGAUCUUGGGGGGAAAAUAUUGCCUAUGGUCCAAAAAUAAGGAGCAACUAUGUCCUUCUCUCAGUUCGGAUACCCCUACAGCACCACUUCACAGUUCUUCGUGCCCGCCAGCCCCAGCACGACCUGCUGCGAGGCCGCCCCCCGCUCCGGGCCGGAUGCGUCCUCGGCGCCGGCCGCCGCCUCCCUGUGCUGCGCCCCGUACGAGAGCCGGCUGCUGGCGCCCGGCCGCGCCGAGCUCAAUGCCGCGCUGGGCAUGUACAGCGCCCCGUACGCCGCCGGCCAGGGCUACGGCAACUACCUGCCCUACGGCACCGAGCCCGCCGCGCUCUACACCGCGCUGAACCCCCAGUAUGAAAUCAAAGACGGCGCCGGCACGUUGCACUCGGGGAUCGCGCAGCCCGCUACCUACUACUCCUACGAUCAUUCCUUGGGGCAGUACCAGUACGACAGGUACGGGACGGUGGAUUUCGGUGGUUCAGCCAGACGCAAAAAUGCAACGCGAGAGACGACGAGUACCCUCAAGACCUGGCUGUACGAGCACCGCAAAAAUCCCUACCCCACCAAAGGAGAGAAAAUCAUGCUGGCUAUCAUCACUAAAAUGACCCUGACGCAAGUGUCCACUUGGUUUGCUAACGCCAGACGGAGGCUCAAGAAAGAAAACAAAAUGACCUGGUCUCCCAAGAACAAAGCGGGGGAAGAGAGGAAAGAAGAAGCCCCGAGGGAAGAGGAUGAAUACAGUGCGGAGAGUGAAGGCAGAGAGCAGAAGAGCUACAAGGAGGACAAGGACCUGCGGUUCAGCGACCUGGAGGAGGAGGAAGAGGAGGAGGCGGGGAAGCCGGAGAAGGGCCGGACCAGCUCCCUGCAGGAAGCCCCCAGCCUGGGCGCGGCGCUGCCCGAGGCUCCGCGGAGCGACUGCAGCCUGCCCGGCCCCUUCCACGCCUUUCCUUGUGCCAAGGCCCCCGCCGCGGACUUCGCCCCCGCCUCCUCGGCCGGGCCGCCGCCGCCCUACGCGCCCGCGGAGAAGCCGCGCAUCUGGUCGCUGGCGCGCACCGCCGGGGCCAGCGCGGCGCGCAGGGGCAGCCCCGAGGGCUGCGGCGCGGAGGGGGGCGGCGGCGCGGCGGGGGAGCAGCCCCUGCCCGCCAAGGCCUUCCGGAGCUCCGCGUUCCACCUGCAGCCGCUCCCGCGGAGCUGCGCGUCCCACCGCGGCCUGGGGGAGCCGUGCCAGUUCGCGGCGGCGGGCGAAGGUACCCGCGGCGGCGGGGCCGCGGGGACGGGCGGGACCGCGGGCCGGGCCGGGACACAGGGCGCGGCGUGA